AUGGCUCCGGAACCAACGCACACGGGUGGAAUGCCGAUCUUGGGAUUUGCUGACUCGCUCAAUACCCGACGCAGGACUGGGGAGGAGCUUUGGUUGAACACGUCGGGUUGUGGUGCCAUUGUUACGGCUGUGUCGUUGCCGCCAAUGCUCUCUCAUCGCAUGGCUUCUGGCGUCAGCUUGGGUGCUCUCCGACACAAACGUGAAACGUGA